AUGUCCUCCCCAGUAUCGGGCCCCGCGGUCAUCGGGACGGUGUGCAGUGUCGUGCUGACCAUCGCCGUGUCCGUCACUGUUUGCAUCUGCCGCUGUCACCGCCGAAAGCUCCUCCGCGAGACCUCCUUCGGAUCUUCGUCCUCGUCCCAGAGCCUUCCCAACAACGGGCGAAGGGCGGACAGCUCGUCCCCGAGGAGCACCAUCAGCGACCCGUCCAAGAGGAUGUCACCCGUCUCCCCCGCUAUACCCAUCCUACCUCAGUCUUUCUCCAUGCCUCUUCCUCAGACCAAAACCUACAUCAAGACGUCGUCCAGCGACACGCUGUCCAUCGACCCCGGCCUGGUCAGCACCGAUUACUGCAUCGAGAACGAGGUGAGCCAGCGGUCCCACGCCUGGACGCGAUGGAGAACAAGCUGGACCAGAUACGGGAGAGGAUUGGAGACCGUCCCGCCACCAACAACCCUCGGGACCCUCAACUUCAGCGUAGGCUACGACGUGCACAAGAGCGCCUUCAGAGUCACCAUCCACAAGGCGAACGACCUCCCGAUCCGGGACCCACAGAGCGGCUCGGCAGAUCCGUACAUCAAGCUGUGUCUCCUCCCGGACAAGAAGCACAAGGUCAAGACACGAGUCCUCCGCCGCACGAGAAACCCCGUCUUCGAGGAGACGUUCACGUUCUUCGGAUUGGAGCGCGGCCAGCUCCCGGGGAUCUCCCUCCACUUCUCCGUCCUGAGCUUCGACCGCUUCUCGAGGGACCACCUCAUCGGGGAGGUCACCAUGUCCCUGGCCAAGGUCGACAUGACUGAGGGAGAGGUCACCAUGACAGGCGAGAUCGUUGGAAAGCAGACCAAGCAGCAGCAGAAGCCAUCUGGGAAGGGAGAGAUCCUGGUGUCCCUGUGCUACCAGCCAGCCGCCAACAGACUGUCUGUCGUCAUCCUCAAGGCCAGGAACCUGACGGGCUACAACCUCAUGGGACCUGCUGACCCGUUCGUGAAGCUGUGCCUCUUGCAAGGAGACCAGAAGUUGGCCAAGAAGAAGACCCACGUCAAGCGUCACACCGCCAACCCGGUCUUCAACGAGUCCUUCAUCUUCGACGUCCCGUCAGAGGGACUGGAUGACAUCACGGUGGAGCUACAGGUGCUGGACCACGACCGGGUCUCGAAGAACGACCAGAUCGGGCGGCUGACGUUCGGAGGCCGGGCGAAGACGCCCUCCACCCUCGAGCACUGGAAGGAAGUGUGCGAAAACCCGCGGAGGCAAAUAGCGAAGUGGCACGAUCUACAACAGGGACAUUAAUUGAAUCACUGAAGAUAUAUUUUGAUUAAUCAAUCAAUGAAUUGAUCAAUUGAUAUUAACUUAUGGCAUAUAUUCAGCUUACCCGAGUCGUGUUUUCACAAACAAGAGAUGCAGAAUUUAGCCAUGAAUAACCAAGAUUUACUAAUCAUAUUUACCAGAGACGAAAGGUUUAACACUCGUUCAUUACCGGCUAUGAUACUAUAUUCCGUCCUAUUUUAGGGCUUCAUUAUUAAUCAGGAAAUCGUCAUGCAAGGUUGUGUUGUUGUUCUCAGGAUCUGAAUCAAAAUAAUCCUUUCAUUAUAUGAAGGGUACGGAUCUAGCGUAACGGAUAUGGCUAAAUACAAGCAACGUGGUCACUUUAAUCAUUUUGACAUCACCGGCAUUUAACCUGCAGUAUGAGAGGGCCUGUACUAUACAUGUUUGAUUCCUGUACGAGUUGAAGAAUGACUCUUCUUAGCUUUAGCCAAAAAGGAAUAACAGAGAUAUAUGUGUGCUGCUACUCGUAGAAUUAGGCGCAAGCCAAGACGCAAAUGUUGUCUUUCAGGAAAUAGGGCGCUAUAUUGUCUACUUUGUCCCCAAACGCCAGGCCUUGGUGAGCAAACUUGGGCAAUUUCAAAAAUUCAGAAAAUGAAUGUGCAACAGUGUCGUUCGAUUUGCACAAAUAGACGUACGAUUCGAUUCCUCGCCUGAAUCUGAAAUCUUCAUUCUCCUUUGCUCGAGCGGAUUGACCGGUUCAUUACCACAGUGACGGCUGUAUUUGGAAUGGUUGAAGUUUUCUUACCAAAGCCUGUCACGUACAUGUAAAUAGAAAUUGUUGAAUUUUUGUGUCAGACGGUGGCAGGCUCGGCCUAUACUGUAUGUCGUCAACAGGAAGAGAAACGGAAGAACUGUGAUGUAUUAACCGGCGUGUAUAGGUAACCUACACACCAGGAGCCCAAAGCCCCUGCCAUACAUAGCCGACCAUGUUCUCCCGACCUUCUCCAGACCAAGGUUGGGAGUUUAAUAGUCGUGAGCAAGGGCAUCUGUGGUUGGGAGUUAGUCGACGAGGUAGCUUACUACUAAUCUUAAAAGGUCUGUUCCACCAGCCAACAAAUCAUAGAUGUAAUCGGAGGAACAAACUGGAGUUAGAAUACGGAUGUCCCAAACCUUGGUUGGGGAAAGGUCAGGGGCAAAGUCAUGGGGAGAUCCUUAAUGUGUGACAGGGACUUAACGUAACCGUAUGCAUUGGGUAGAAUUUAAAGAAAGUGUUGUCUUGUAAAUGAAUCUUACCUCUAGGAAGUGUAAGCGUUAGGGCGUUCUGUAUAUCGCAGCGAAGGCUGCGAUGUAUUUGUCUUGUCUACAAUAAGUCGAAAGAUGAUAAACAUUCAAAUCUAUUACUUGAUCGAUGCCGAUUCCGAUAGCUGUCAUUUGAUGACCUUUUUACGUUGUGCAAAGGUCCUUAUACUUAAUUACCGUACAGUGCAAAAUUUAUCUUAACACGAAAGUGAAAUGGCCACGUAGAGAUAAAACAGAA